UCAAAAUGUUCCAGAUGGUUCAAAAUUUUCAAUUCCAAUGAAUUCUAAAGAAAAUUAAGGAACAAAAUAAAAGACACAAAAUAAGAAAUGGCACCAACAAAGAAGAAAGCGGAAAAGAAGGGCAAGAUCCAAGAAUUCUGUAGGAAAUAUCUUACAGUUGACUUUGUCAAGUCACUGAUCUUUUCACCUGACAAAUUAUCUUUCUUGACUUAUUUCAUUCUUUUCGCCGAGUUGGCAUUAAAUAUAUUAAUAGUUGUAAAAGUUAAAUACACUGAAAUAGACUGGAUAGCAUAUAUGCAAGAAUGUGAAGGAUUCCUUAACGGAACACUGGAUUAUUCUCAGCUAAAAGGAGACACGGGGCCUCUUGUCUAUCCAUCGUUUUUCCUCUACAUCUACUCAUUACUGUAUUUCGUUACGUCUCGUGGAAGUAAUGUAAAACUUGCUCAGUACAUAUUCAUUGCGAUCUAUUUGCUACAAUUAUGGCUGGUUCUUAGACUUUACUCAAAGACAAGGAAGAUUCCACCAUACGUAAUAAUUCUUAGUGUCUUUACAUCUUAUCGAGUCCAUUCGAUUUAUUCACUGAGACUUUUUAAUGAUCCGGUAGCAAUCUUGUUCUUUUAUAUUGCCUUGAAUCUCUUUAUGGACCGAAAAUGGACAGUUGGAAGUAUUAUGUUCAGUUUAGCCGUUGGAAUUAAGAUGAAUAUAUUACUUUUUGCGCCGGCAAUUUUGAUGCUGUAUAUAACAUCCUUGGGCUAUAUAAACACAAUUAUUCAGCUAUCAAUUUGUGCAGCUGUACAAUUAAUUAUUGGUGCUCCAUUUUUAAUGACAUAUCCAGUUGAGUACAUAAAAGGAAGUUUCGAUUUGGGAAGAAUUUUUGAACAUAAAUGGACAGUCAACUAUAGAUUCUUAGACAGAGAAAUGUUUGAGAAUAGAAUGUUUCAUCUUGGACUGUUGGUUCUGCAUAUAAUUCUAAUAAUUAUCGUUGCUAAGCCUUGCUACUUAUUUUUCAAAAAUUAUGCAAGAUUAAGAACGUUACAAGCUCAAUUUGAGCCACAAAUUGCUGCUGAAAAUAGAGAAAUUGAAGAUCUAGUCAGGAAGAAGAUGAGAAAGGCUACAAAGAAGGCAGACGAAGAGGAAAUUACACCGGAACAAAAGAAAUUUAUGGACUCAUUUGAAAAAGGAAUGAAAAAUCAAUUUGGCGAUAAGCAGCAAAUGCCACAAACAAAAGAGGAAGAAGAUCCACAGAAAAUUGAAAUUCAUUUUGAUCAAUGCGUCCAACUUGCUCUGUUGCCAAUAUUUUUAAUUAAUUUCAUUGGUGUUGUCUGCUCGAGAUCACUACAUUAUCAAUUCUACAUUUGGUACUUCCAUUCACUGCCUUAUUUAUCAUGGUUCACAGAAUAUCACACAAGCUUCAAGAUACUGAUUUUAUUCUCGAUAGAAUUCUGUUGGAACCAAUAUCCAUCAACAAACUUUUCAAGUAUAUUACUUCAUGCUUGUCACUUGAUUCUACUUUUUGGAAUUAUUCGCAAGAUCUACAAAGAAAUAGGAUUAGCCAGACAAGUCAUAAAGAAGGAGAACUGAAGUGUGUGUGUGUGCCUUAAAAUAUUUAAAUAAUAAGUAACGGUCAAAAAUUAUUUGAAUAAUAUGCUGAAAAUAUAUGAAAAAUAACGGCUAAAAAGAAAUGAUUUUCAAAAAUUG